ACAGUUGGACUAGGUGAUCUUAUAGGUCAUUUCCAACCUUGUGAUUCUAUGAUUCUAUGAAGUGAAAAAUCUCACAGGUUGUGACAAAGGUAGGGAGAAAACUGAUAGUUACCGUCACGAGCAAAACAGGAAGAUGAGUAUAAUUCACUGCCAACUAAAAACAGAGGAAAAGGCUGAGAAUCUAAACUGAAGCAACCCCCUGCUCCCUCCCAGGCUGAACUCCUCCUCAGACAAGACGGAGUGAUGGGGAAAAGAGGCUCAGAGGUCAGUCUGUGCAGGUUUCCUUUCACUGCACCUUCCUCACGCUCUUCCUGCUCUUGUGUAAGACCUCUCAGCACCCUGCAGCACUUCAAGUAAUACCCACUGGCUUUUCUUCAGCACUGCUUCCCAGAGGUAGCACAUGCCUGGCUGUGGUGGUUGGCCAUGGCCUGCCAUGAGGCUGUAGCUGUCAGUUGGAGCAGUUGGCAGCCAUGACAGGUCUCCCAUGGUGCAUCAGACCAGCCUUUCACAACCUCUUCUUGUCACUGUGGGACUAACGUCAUACUCUUACAAUCAGAGGAAUUAUACAGCAAGAAACCCACACUGUGCCAGCCUCUUUCUCGGGCAACAUGAAUGAGCACAUGGAAGAAAAUGAAAAGAAUAGCAGCACUGCCCAGAAAACAUCUGCAGAAGAAUCUGUCUGUCCUGCUGCAGACAAAACGACAGCAGAACAACUGCAAAAAGUUAAGAAGGAAUUAAAACACUUAGUUUUUCAAAAUCCAGGACCUCAGGUAGCUAACUUCAAUCCUGAAACUAGAGAGCAGAGAAAAAAAGCACGCAUGUCACAGACGAAACAAGACUGUUUUAAUAAACCCAAAACUCUGAAUAAGUAUGACAGGCACGGCCGGCUGCUUGGAAGUAACAUUGAUUUAUGCGACUGUCUGGACAAGAACUGCCUGGGCUGCUUCUAUCCUUGCCCCAAAUGCAACUCAAAUAAGUGUGGACCAGAAUGUCGCUGCAAUAGGAAAUGGGUUUAUGAUACAAUUGAGACUGAAGAUGGGAAUGUGAUCAAUGCUUUCCCUUUUCAUACUGAUCCCUGAUUUUGUUCCAAUAGGUUUGUAGCUGAGUAAAGUUACUCUUUCUUCAUGUUUUAUUAUAGUGAAACUCCGCUUUUUUUUUAUUAUGAAAUGUCUGUCAGAGUUGUUUGCACUUCUUUCUUGAUGUCUACUCAGCACACUUUAACAUUUCAUGUUAAGUAAAAUUGUACUGAGGCUCUCAACUCUGACUCAGGCACAUUUUGCAGUGGAGGGGUGA